AAAACAAGCGUUUCGUUGGUUUUGUUGAGACAUGUGUUCACACAAUACGUCAAUCACUUGUUGUCGUCAUUUAUGCGGUGUUUUUGACGCCAUUUAUGAUCAAAACAAUUGAUUAUAAUUUGUAUGAAACAUAUCUUCGGAUUGUCUGUUGAUCUGAAGCGAUGACCCAAUACUUGCCACCGAAUCUGUUGGCUCUGUUCGCGCCUCGAGAGCCGAUCCCAUUCCUACCGCCGGCACAGAAGUUGCCGCACGAGAAGAAGACCAGAGGCUAUGCGGGCGUCGGACACCUCCUCUCAAACUUCGAGGACCCGAAGGACACACCUCUUCCCACAAGACUCGAGACCAGAGAGGAGAGGAUUGAACGCAAACGGCGGGAACGGGCAGAACAGGCGGCCUAUAAACUGGAACAGGGAAUCGCUCUUUGGGAUCCGUCGUCGUCGACAACCGCCACCUCUGAUCCCUAUAAGACUUUAUUUAUCGCACGAAUUAAUUACGACACGACUGAAGCCAAACUGAGGCGUGAGUUUGAGGCCUACGGACCCAUUAAGAAGAUAGGGAUGUGUGUAGACAAGGUUAGCGGCAAACCUCGGGGCUAUGCGUUCAUAGAGUUUGAACACGAGAGAGAAAUGCACUGUAAGUUUCAUUUAAUUCAAUUGUUAGCCUUAAUUGAGUUGUGUUUUGAGCGCGAGUUCUGCUCUAAAGCGUUGAUUUUGAGUUCUGACUUCUAUAUCACAGCCGCCUAUAAACACGGGGACGGGAAGAAGAUCGACGGCCGCAGGGUUUUGGUCGAUGUUGAGAGGGGGCGCACAGUCAAGGGAUGGCUCCCCCGUAGACUCGGCGGAGGAUUGGGUGGCACUCGAAAGGGAGCGCCGGAUGAGAAUAUUAGACACUCGGGAAGAGAUGACGGCAGAAGUGAUGAACGUGAACGCGGGUAUGACAGAGAAUCGCGCCGUCAUUCUAGAGAUAGAGGUGAGAGACCGGAGAAGAGGAGAAGUCGGAGCAAAGAUAGAGAACGCGAGCGAAAGGACGAUAAACGCAGACGAAGUCGAAGCCCCAGAGAAAGGGGAGGGGAGAGACCAGAAAGAGGUGUUGAGAGACCAGAAAGAGGUGGUGAGAGCCGAGAAAGAGGUGGUGAGAGACCAGAAAGAGGUGGUGAGAGACCAGAGAGAGGUGCAGAGAGACCAGAAAGAGGUGGUGAGAGAAAGGUGUUGAGAGACCAGAAAGAGGUGGUGAGAGCCGAGAAAGAGGUGGUGAGAGACCAGAAAGAGGUGGUGAGAGACCAGAGAGAGGUGCAGAGAGACCAGAAAGAGGUGGCGAGAGACCAGAGAGACCAGAAAGAGGCGGAGAUAGACCUGAAAGAGGCGGAGAAAGACCUGAAAGAGGCGGAGAGAGACCUGAAAGAGGCGGAGAGAGACCUGAAAGAGGCGGAGAGAGACCUGAAAGAGGUGCAGAAAGAGGAGGCGAGAGACCAGAAAGAGGAGACAGGGAUAAGGAGAGGAGUGACAGACGUAGUCGUAGAGGAACCGUCGGGUGUGGGUCAGGGCGACGACGGUAUGCAACGGCGAAGGGCUGAGAGUAGAGACCAGGACUUGCCUCAGGAAAAGUCUCGCAAACGUCGCGGAAGAAGUCGCAGUCAUAGCCGUGAAAGGAAACGAAACAAUAGAAGCGAUAAAAUUGAUUCCAUUAAGAAUGAAAUAAAGGCGGAAGAAGUGGAAGAAGAAGGCCUUUACUCUAAUAGUGAUAUGUAUGAGAGUCAGGAGCCCUUCCAGGAAGCGUAUGGCGACGACAACUCUGAAGAUCAGUUCACCGCUCAAGACUACAGUCAACCCACUUAUGUUGCCUACAAUACCAAAGAGGGGUCGUAUUCGCCUUAA